AUGAAGGAGUCAACCUUUCCGCCACUGCCCGGUGGUCCUCUGGCCCUGAGGGCCGGUGCCCGGACCACUUCCGCUCCCAGCGGCCCUGACACCGGAAGCAGAAGUGCGCAGCGGCGGCGGAUGGUGGCGGCUGUACGGGGCCGCACGGCGCGCUGCGGUGGGAGUGUCUCCGGCCGUUCUGCAGGUGCGGCCAGGCCCCUCGGGAGGGCGGGGUGGGGGGGGCUCGGCGGGCGCGAGGAGGGGCCGGAGGGUCUAGGACGGCUGCCCGGGCCAAGGUGCUUCCUCCCCGCGGUAACCCCGGGGCCGGGAUGGGGCCCGCACAGCUCGGCUCUGCAGCCGGGCUCCCCCUGUUCGGUCUGUCGCUCUCAGGUACCCCUUGUUCGGGCCAACAGGACUGUCAUCCGUCUAUUGAAGGGGAAGUCACGAAGUACAGACCAGGUCCCGCAGCUAAGAAGUGGUGACACCAGCCGGCCCCAGCACUCACCCGUCUUCCCCGAUUUGUUGGCCUACCGAAGGACACCUACGGAAACUUUAAACCCUGGCGCUGGUGUCAUGGAAUCAGUCACCUUGGAGGAUGUGGCAGUGGGGCUCAUCCAGGAGUGGGCAUUGCUGGAUGACGCUCGGAGGAAUCUCUGCAGAUACGUGCUGCUGGACAACUGCAGGACCCUGGCCCCCCGGGGGACUCCAUUCUGCAAAGCCUGUCUGGUCUCCCAGGUGGGGCCAAGAGAAGAGCUGAUGACAGCAGAACGAGGCAUUCUCUGUGCCACGGGUGUGGACUGGGAAUCUCAACUUCAACCCAAAGAGUCUACUCCUCUGCAGGAUAUUUUGGAGGAAAAUUCAUCCCAUGAUUUGCAAACGGGGCUGGGGCUGGACCUGAGGAUGCAGAUCAAGCCCAUGAUGGGAGAGAGGGGGACACCUCUGACUCCAGGGGACCGGUCAGCUCUCCAGGAGUCACCUUGGUCUUCUGAGGACAUGGGGCUGAAGGUGGCUGUGCAGAUUCAGAGGGUGGCCACGCCGGAGCCUGCGCUGCGCCUCCUCAACCUGUUGGGGGCUGGGGGUUCUGCAGUGCCUGCUCAGGACCCCACCUGGCUCCGGGAGGAGAGCACAGAGGAAGAAGCCGUGGCUCCUGGGACACUGAACACUUGUCUGCAGGAACCAGUCACCUUUGCGGACGUGGCCGUGCUGUUCACACCGGAAGAGUGGCUGUUUCUAGACUCUGCUCAGAGAAGCCUGUACAGAGACGUGAUGCUGGAGAACUAUAGGAACCUGGCCUCUGUGGGAGAUCAACUCUGCAAAGCCAGUACAUUUUCCCAUUUGGAGCAAAGAGAAGAGCUGUGUGUCACUGAGAGAGGGAUCUUCCCAGGAACCCACUUAGAACCUCAACUUCAACCCCAAGACUCAAUUCCUAACCAAGAUAUUUUUGCAGAGAUUCCAUCCAUUGGCACGAAAAGGGAGCAACCUCAGACUGGAGAAAAACUCUAUGAAUGCAAUGUACUAGGGAAACCUUUUAACAGCACCAAACCACUUUUUCAGUACCAGAGAAUUCCUGCAGGAGGGAACCCCUGGUAAUGCCGAGAGAGUGGAAAACCCUUCUUCCAGACCGCUCACCUAAUUGUGUCUGAGAAAAUCCAUAGCGGGGAUAAAACCUAUGCAUGUAACAAAUGUGAAAAAUCGUUCAGAUACAGCUCCGAUCUCAUCAGGCACGAGAAGACUCACACUGCGGAGAAGUGCUUUGAGUGUCAGGAGUGCAGGCAGGCCUUCAAGUAUUCCUCAAAUCUGCGGCGGCACAUGAGAACUCACACUGGAGAGAAACCCUUCGAGUGCAGUCAGUGUGGGAAAACCUUCACGAGGAACUUUAACCUGAUCUUGCACCAGAGAAACCACACGGGCGAGAAGCCCUACGAAUGUAAGGACUGUGGGAAAGCUUUCAACCAGCCGUCCUCUCUGAGGAGCCACGUGAGAACUCACACCGGAGAGAAGCCUUUUGAAUGUGCCCAGUGCGGGAAAGCCUUCAGGGAACACUCAUCGCUGAAGACACACCUGCGGACCCACACCAGAGAGAAACCGUAUGAAUGUAACCAGUGUGGGAAGCCCUUCCGAACGAGCACUCACCUGAACGUACAUAAGAGGAUCCACACAGGGGAGAAGCUUUAUGAGUGCACCACCUGCGGGCAGGUCUUGAGUCGUCUCUCGACCCUUAAGAGUCACAUGCGGACCCACACGGGAGAGAAACCCUACACGUGUCAGGAGUGUGGGCGAGCCUUCAGUGAGCCCUCAUCCCUCAGGAAACACUUGAGGACCCACACCGGCAAGAAGCCCUACACGUGUCAGGAGUGUGGGCGAGCCUUCGGCCAGUCUUCACACCUUAUCGUACAUGUGAGAACCCACACUGCGGGGAGACCCUACGAAUGUAAUCAGUGUGAGAAAGCCUUCAGGCACAGCUCUUCACUGACCGUGCAUAAAAGGACUCACGCCAGGAGAGAAAACGUCAGGACUGGCGGCCUGCCUUUAUCAGUGUCUCUUGCAUACGGUGGGCCCCAUGCUGAUUAA